ACGCUGCGUUUGAAAAGCAUCGCGCAACGUCUUUUAUUUAGUAAUCCAUCAUUAAUUUACGAUGGAUUCGUCAUUGCUUUCAUCGCCGUUUGUGCUGUUAUUGAUUACUGUGAUUCUUAUUGCAAUCCUGAAAAUUGUCACUGUGCUGCAUUAUACAUAUUUUUACUGGAAGAAUAAGGGCCUACCUUGCCUACAAAAUUCAUUAUCGUCUAUUAUAACAGAUUGGAAAUUGUUUUCGGCUUAUACUUUUGUCGAUUAUUGUCAAUAUGUAUACUAUCGCUUUCCGGACGCUAAAUAUGUUGGAACAGUGGAUUCUUCUUCGCCUAGCGUGAUUGUUCGCGAUCCCGAGCUGAUUAAAGACAUCAUGGUAAAGGAUUUUGAACAUUUCACAGAUCAUCGCAGUUUUAUUGACGAAAGUGUAGACCCGCUGUUUGGUAAAAAUACCUUCGCCUUGCGCGGAGAUCGUUGGAGACAAAUGAGAAAUACACUGAGUCCCACUUUCACCGCCAGUAAAAUGAAGUUUAUGUUUGAUUUGGUAUCAAAGUGUUCUCAGAAUUUCGUCACUUAUUUGGUCGAUCACCCGAAAUUUUGUCAUAUGAUUGACAUGAAGGAUGUCUUUCGACGAUACGCCAAUGACGUAAUUGCUACGACAGCCUUUGGCAUAAGUGUGAAUUCUAUGAAAGAUCGAGACAAUGAAUUCUAUAUAAAAGGAGUGGAGGCUUCCAAAUUUGCUUCUGGACUUCCAGCGGUGAUCAAGAUGAUAUUCUUAAAAUCGUAUCCACGGGUUGCUAAAUUAAUUGGUCUGACUUUGUUCUCGUCGGAUAUGUCUAAAUUUUUCAAGAGUGUCGUAGAGGAAACCAUUAGAGCGCGAAAGCAGCACAAUUUCAUUAGACCAGAUAUGAUUCAUUUAUUGAUACAGGCUCAAGACAAAGAAAGUACUAGUGAAUACAAAAUGACAUUGGACGACAUUGUUUCACAAGCCUUCAGCUUUUUCUUUGCUGGUUUUGAUACCACUUCGAACUUGUUGUGUUUUGUUGUUCAUGAAUUGGCAGUUAAUCAAGAUAUUCAAAAUCGUCUGCGCGAAGAAGUACAGCAGCAUCUUGCUGAAGGAAAUGGUGAAAUAUCGUACGAAUCGUUAUUGAAGAUGUCUUAUAUGGACAUGGUGAUUUCCGAGACUCUCAGAAAGCAUCCACCAUUAGUUUUCCUUGAUAGACUUUGCACUAAAAGAUAUGAACUACCUCCAUCGCAACCAGGCUGCAGGAAUGUGAUUAUCGAACCUGAUCAUAUAAUGUUAUUUCCUGUUUAUGCUUUACAUCAUGAUCCGAAAUAUUUUCCGAACCCGGAUAAGUUCGAUCCUGAAAGAUUCAAUGAGGAGAAUAAAGACAACAUUUCACCAUAUACUUAUCUACCAUUCGGUCAGGGACCCAGAAAGUGUAUAGGCAAUCGAUUUGUUCUUAUGGAGGCUAAAAUUUUAAUAGCCCUUCUUUUGCAACAGUUUACUUUAAAGACUACAGAAAAAACUAUUGAACCAAUUGUAUACAAUAAAGAAUUUACAUUGCAACCUGUUGGUGGAUUCUGGAUUAACUUGGAAAAAAGAGAAACAUGAGAAAUUUAUACAAAAUAUAUAUUGUUCUAUACGUUGAUAUA